CUGAAUGACUUACAACAGAAUUGGUUUUAGUUUGCUUAUGCAUCGUUUCUUUAACUUCAGAAGAGCCGGUCCCCUCUUCCGUCAGGAUGCUGCUUUCAGAGUUGAAGGAUGUAAAGUAGCACAUGAGGCUGAAGUGCUUAUAAAAUUACACCGAGAUUAAAGGAGCAAAAUCGAUGCUCUUUCAAAGAACUAUUUAGAAAUAGUUACUUUAAAGCAUUGCUUUUGUGUAAUUUACGGGUACUUUGUGAGGAGUUCUGCAGAAUGUCUCGGAGUCAUAACUGCAGUGCUCACAAGCAGAAAGGAAAUGAAUGAAGAAUAAAACCGACCUUUUUAAUAUUAGCUCAAAACCGGGAAAAAAAAAAAAAAGAUUGUAAGUAUGGUUUAUAGAGAGCAAAUUGUAUCGACACCUUGGGUUUAAUUCCACAUACGGAACCGCAGCCUGGUUUUGCUAAAUGUGGUUUAAGAGAUUAUUCUUUGUCUCGGUAUUUGGAGAAUGGUGUUUCUCCUCAUGAGAGAAGGUAGUCCUGUAGGAGAUGAUUGCAUUGUAUGAUGUAUGUAUGACUGUUUAGAGUUAACUGCAGUCAGGUUAAGCCAAAUUUUGCCUUUUGGCACUAGCCAACAGUUUUGAUUUCAUUGAGAACUGGUCACAGGAUCAGAUUUUCUUUUCACAUUUUGCUUGGUCUAAAAUCAAAUGAAAUCUGCUGUUAAGAAGAUGCAAAAUGUUACAACUUUCUAUUAUUAAAAUACAGGGCCAAUGGAAAUAAUCUAGAUCAGAGUAUCAUGUACAUACGGUUACCAUUAUUUUAGAGGUGUUGGUUUGCAUGUGGUACAGUAAUCAUUUUAAUGAGUGAACGUGGUUUGUGGACAUGACUUGGGUUUUGAUACUUUAAGAGUACUUGUAAAUGAAUUUGUUUUUUCUUUCAGUUAGUAGUCCAGAGGUGAACUAAUCCUUUAUCCUGGGUAACUCUGAUUUGACCAGACAGAAUUCAUGCUCAUUUAAAAUACAAACAAGUUGUAUAUCUGAACCUUCUUUUAUUGCUAAAAGUGAAGAUCGCUUGUUUAAACAUUUAUUUGAAGACUAUCAAAGAUGGGUUCGUCCAGUGGAACGCUUGAACGACACAAUAAAAAUCAAGUUUGGCCUUGCAAUCUCCCAGCUAGUAGAUGUGGAUGAGAAAAAUCAAUUGAUGACAACAAAUGUCUGGUUGAAGCAGGAAUGGAUAGAUGUAAGAUUAAGGUGGAAUCCUGAAGACUAUGCUGGAAUAACGUCUAUUCGUGUCCCAUCAGAUUCUAUUUGGAUUCCAGAUAUUGUGUUGUAUGACAAUGCAGAUGGACGUUUUGAGGGAACAUCUACAAAAACAGUGGUGAAAUAUGAUGGCACCAUUGCUUGGACUCCACCAGCAAACUACAAAAGUUCUUGUACUAUCGAUGUAACCUUCUUCCCCUUCGACCUCCAGAACUGCUCUAUGAAGUUUGGCUCCUGGACUUACGAUGGUUCACAAGUUGACCUAAUUCUUGAAGAUUAUGACGUUGACAAAAGAGACUUUUUUGAUAACGGAGAAUGGGAAAUAGUGACUGCAACAGGGAGCAAAGGAAAUAGGACUGAUGGAUGCUGCUGGUAUCCUUUUGUUACAUAUUCGUUCAUAAUUAGACGUUUGCCACUUUUUUACACAUUGUUUCUCAUUAUUCCUUGUAUUGGCCUUUCAUUUCUGACUGUCCUUGUCUUCUAUCUUCCUUCAAAUGAAGGUGAAAAAAUUUCACUUUGCACUUCAGUACUGGUAUCUUUAACUGUGUUUCUUCUUGUUAUUGAAGAGAUUAUUCCGUCAUCUUCUAAAGUUAUUCCACUUAUAGGAGAAUACUUGGUGUUUACGAUGAUAUUUGUGACGUUGUCCAUUGUGAUAACUGUAUUUGCUAUCAAUAUCCAUCAUCGUUCUUCAUCUACACACAACGCUAUGGCACCUUGGGUUCGCAAGAUAUUUCUUCACAGACUUCCCAAGCUGCUUUGCAUGAGAAGUCAUGUGGAUAGAUACUUUCCUCAGAAGGAGGAAACAGGAAAUAUGAAUGGAUCAGAACCAUCUAGGAACACCUUGGAAGCAGCUCUAGAUUCUAUCCGCUAUAUUAGAAGACAUGUUAUGAAGGAGAAUGAAGUUCGUGAGGUUGUUGAAGACUGGAAAUUUAUUGCUCAGGUGCUUGAUCAAAUGUUCUUAUGGACUUUUCUUUUGGUUUCAAUAGUUGGAUCACUUGUGUUAUUUAUUCCUGUUAUUCAUAAAUGGGCAAGUAUAAUAGUACCUACAAAUAUAGGCAGUACAAAUGCAUAAAAUAGUUUUGGAUCUGGGUCCUGCUAAUAUGGCUCAGGAGUUUUGCAGUAGCUCUAUUUCCAUGUAUGUUCUUUGUAGGCAUGUUUCUGAUAGAGUAACAAGAAAUCGAAACCCAGAAAAUUAUGUUUAAUUUAAAGCAUGGCAUCCCUAGGACACAUAGAAGUCAAUUUGCUUAUUGCCAGUCUAAGUUACCUUUAAAUCAGGUCAGAAUUAGAAGGAUCUUCUCAAGCCCUUGCAUGUAUGAUAUGUCUGAAAACCAUACACAGGCACUUGCUGCAAGGUCGAAGAAUUUAGAAUGUUUUUGUGAUGAUUGCUAGAGUCCAAUUGUUAAAUUAUUGUAGGAAUUGUUAUAUUGAAUAUUAAAUACUUGCAGAUAUUAACACAGUAGAGUUGCUUAUUUCAAUUUCCUAUAGUACACAAAAGAGAACUUUUAGUGGCUCUCUUGAAUGUGUUGUAAAAGUAUAAGGUUUAUACGAAGUAAAUUCAAAAUAAUAAUAAUACCAAUAAAAAUUCCUGUAUAUCCAACAUAUCAGUAAAAGUAGCAAUCUGGCUGUGUUUUGCCUGUAUUAAUUCAAUGGAAUUUGCAGCUAAAUUUCAAUCCUUUUAGUUUUAUUAUACUAACACAAACAUUUAAUAGAGUAAACUUUAUUAAAAUGCCUGCAGGAUACAGGUAUAUCGAUAUCUCUGUGUCAGUUAUGGAGAAGAAGACAGACACAAAUGAGUUCCCAAGUUGCACAGGUAUUCUAAUGGACCAGAACAUUCAGAUAUAUUUAUUCUUGAUGAAGGAUUUGAUACAGUCUGUUAGUUGAAAACAGGUUAAUCAUUUCCUGCCUUUGUGUGUUUCUCAGAAUUAAGUUUUUAAGCACAAUUAGAAGGAAUAUGGGGAAUGCCUUUCUGAAGGAAAUGGGUUGAAAACUACUAUGCUGUGUAACCAAAUUGAAAUGAUUGAUAUUUCACACAGUUGUUAAACUGGACUUAGAAAUUUACCUUUUAAUCGGUUCUCUCCAUUAUAGAACCACAUGUAACUCUAAACAAUGAGGACUUGUGUCUUCCCAUGCUUUUUUUCUGAAAGUGCUGAAAACUAACUUGUAAUUUUUAAUCCAUUAAGAUACAUUCUUUAAAUACUGAUUUUAAAUGUAGUAUGAUGCCACCUUUCUUAAAAGCUUUAUUUCUGGAAGAGACACUAAAAUUGAUGGGGGUUCUCCACCACCAAAGUUUUGUCAGUGCACUUCGUAGUGUUGCAUCCUGCAGGGCUAGUGCAGUAAUGCCAGGGUGGAGCAAGUCUUGGGAGGUCUUUAUUUUUGUUUACUUAGAUUUCUACAUUAACAUGCUUAGAUUAGAAAUGUAAUGUAAAUUGUGGUAUCUUGGAUAAUGUAAGUUAUGAAUAUGGAAAAUGCAUAAGUAUUUCCCCCCAUCUCUUUAAGAAUAGUGCCAUUUGGCACUGUACUGAUCAUAAUGCUGAUUGCUUAUGUCAUAACUUAUAGAUUAUUGAAUAUUUAUUUCAAAUGUUUUUUUGUGUGUAGGACAUUCUUGGGUUUGUGUAGCUUUUAAAGGCUCUUAAAAUAUGCCAGUUUAUAAUUAAUUCUGAUGAUAAAGAGUCCCUCCUUCCUCUUCAGUUAUACAAUUACAUCUAGCAUUGGAAAUCCGUAUUUCCUCUAUUCCCAUCAUAAUUAAUUUCAAACAUGAUUUUGCAAAAAUUAUCUGAUUUAAUCCAUUAAUAUAAUUUUCUCAGGAUUACUAAGAUUAAACAAUGCAUCAGUGGCUUUCUCUGCAUGGAAGUUGCAGAAAUAUGUUAGGUAUCUUCUUUCUUCUUCAAAUGCUAAAUUACUAUGUAUAGUCCUCCUUGGGUUUGAAUUACUGAAUUUUACCUUUACCUGAACAGAAAGCAAAAUAAAUAAACCUGUAGGUUAGCUAGAUCUGUUAUUUUCUUGAACUCCCCAACUCAUCUCUUUCCUUCUCUCAAAUGAUGUCUGUAAGCCCACUUACAUCGUAAGGCGAUGGGCAGUAUAUUGGCCGAAGGAGUCUCAGUCUUUAACUAGUAACUCACAGUUUUACAAAUGCAUUAAUUUCUUUUAGUCACGUCUACAAUCUGAUCAUGAUAAAUACAGCUAAGAUAGGUGACACUAGAAUUCUUAGGGUCUUCAGCUUAUCAGGUGUGCCUGAAACAAAAUACUUUUAAUAGACUCAGAAGCAUGGACCCUUCCUUAUGUAAGUUGUUUCUGAAUGUGUUGAACGGUACCUAAUGCUGUCUUAUACAGGCUUUUGUUACUUGGUCAAAAUAAAUGAAAAAAGAAAAAAUGCAC